UAAUCACUAUUUAUAAAAUUAAUAGAACCCGAGUGAAUCUUUUGUAUUUUUGUUUAAAUCUAAUAUUAUAAUAUUAUUAAGUGCAAGCAAUAAUUUGCAAUGUAGAAAAAAAAAAAACAUUCACGAUGCCUAAAUUUUGUGCAGUGCCAAAUUGUCGAACAAAUAGAAAUAAAAAUCAAUUGCGAUCGGUGUUUAAAGUGCCCAAAUGUAUCAACAGACGAAAUGCCUGGGAAAGUGCUCUGGGCAACAUAAAAUUGAAUAAUUACCAGCAUAUUUGCGAGAAACAUUUUUCGCCUGGGGACAUUGUUCGAUAUACCGAACACAGAGACGUGGAAGGAAAUAUUUACGCUAUAAUACCGCUCAAAAUUCCUCGUUUGACAAAAGAUGCCAUUCCUCAUCUAUUUACAUUGCAUAUGGACGAAGGACCUAUAGUUUGUAAUAAAGAAAAUACCUUGCCAGCAGCAAAUACGGAAAAUGUAGAAAUAAAUGUCGCAUCAUCAUCAAUCCUGGAAAACAGAGACGAUCAAGAAAUUGAAACUGCAGAAAAUAUUAUCAAUCGGGAAAAAGAUAUUUUACCCACAUCAAUUUUGGAAAACAUAAAGGAAAUUAAAGAAGAAGAUUUAACACAAGAAAAUGUUUGUAACCAAUAUCAAAGUACAGCUGCGUUAAACUAUGAUGUCAAUGCAGUUGAAUCUCGAUCAAACAUUUUCCGGAUUCUAUGCGAUAAUUUUGAUUUAAUCAAAAUUCCUGAGUCGUGGUGUUUCAAUAUUCAUGCUGAAAAUCACAUUUCAUUCCUGGAAUUAGAUAUGAUAAAGUGUAGUAUUGGUGACGAAACCACUUGCAGAUACGUAAUUAAACGUAAUUUACUCGUAGGAAGUGAUAUGCAAGUUCAUAUUUCUGUAUUAGAAACGCCAUUACACCCUGAAAUAUUGAUGUUUCCCAAAAGAAUACAAAAUCAUCAAGAGUUGAGUAGAGUGUUACAGAAAUUUUCUAAAAUGACCGUUUGUACAGGAAUAGGCGAUUUUAAUGAUGUAACUUUAGUCAGUGACAAAAUAGGAUAUAUUGAUAUCCUCAAUAACUUGAGACAUAUUAAAUGCUCAAUUUUAGCGACAGCGGAUAAAUGUCCAACUUGCAAAAGCGUGAGAAAAACAAUUCGUCUGAAAAAAAUCCGUUUGUCAAAUAGCAGUACGGCCAAAAAGAAAACUAAUAUAACUUACUUGGGUAGUUCACAAUUAAUCUACGCUUGGAAGAAAAAGAUGAUCAGACGAUCAAAUCAGACGCGCAAAAACAACAGUAAAUUUCGUGCAAAAUUAGUUAAGACGUGAAGAAUAAAUCAAGGAACCCAAAUAUAGAUUUCGUUUAAAAAAAGUGUUGCGCUAACUACAUACCAAAACCUUGGUUAUCAAGCAAAUUUUUCUUUCUGCUAAAUCUAAAACAAAAAACGGCAACGAUAUACCAAAAGACCUAAAAUUCUAUCUUUACCUUGUGCGAGAAAGAUAAAUUUUGUAAAGAGAUAUAACUCGUUUUUGUAAGACAAAAUGUAUAAUAUUAUUCUU